CUAUGCCAUAACACACCCGCGCUCUCUGCCGUCACGAUCCUGGCGUCUCAACCUCCACUCCCAGUCGCUCAGCAUGCGCCCCCCUCCCCCGCACGCCGCACUCCCGUCAUGCCCCUCGCCGUCCCGCCCAUGACCAACGAGCGCCCCACCGCCCCGCGCUCCGCCCUCCCCGCCUCCGUUGUCGAAACAACCGCCGGCUUUACUGCAGGCAUCGUCUCCUGCCUCGCCGCGCAUCCUCUUGACCUCCUCAAAAACCGCCUCCAGCUCACCACAACCACACGCCCGCGCCUCGGCGCCUCCCUGCACAUCCUACGCAGCAUCGUCCGCGAUGAAGGCGGCCCCCUCGCCCUCUACCGCGGCCUCUGGCCCAAUCUGCUUGGCAACAGCCUCGGAUGGGGCCUAUACUUCCUAUUCUACGCCCGCGCAAAGGAGGCGUUAGCAGCGCACAACGCCACCGGCCUGCCGCUCAGCAGCGCGGAAUUCUUCGCAGCGAGCGGUGCUGCCGGCCUUGCGACCGCGUUUUGCACUAACCCCGUGUGGGUGCUUAAAACGCGCAUGCUGGAGCGCGGCGCCAACCGCGCGGGCGCAUACCCGUCGAUGCGCGCGGGGCUCGCGCAUGUGUGGGCGACGCGCGGGCUGCGCGGGCUGUGGGCGGGCUUUGUGCCGGCGUCGCUGGGCGUGGUGCAUGGCGCUGUGCAGUUCAGUUUGUACGAGACGAUGAGGGCGAGCCGUGGCGCUGACCCAGUGUCGAAUUGGGACACGGUGUACAUGAGCGCUGGCAGUAAGCUGCUCGCGGGUGCGAUUACUUACCCCUACCAGCCGAUUCGUGCGCGGUUGCAGCAGUAUGAGGCUGCGGCAAGAUAUAGUGGAGUGGUGGAUGUACUGCGGCAGACGUAUAGGAAUGAGGGGGUGUGGGCAUUCUAUAAGGGUGUGGUGCCGAAUACACUGCGGGUGGUGCCGACGACAGUGGUGACGUUUCUAGUGUAUGAGAAUGUCAAGGUCUGGCUGCCAAGGAUAUUUGGGUAAGGGACGCAAGGGGCGCGUGGGGAUGAUUAGGAGGAGCGCACAGUAAGGAGUAGGUGGUGGUCCGAGUCUGGUGUGUGGACUUAGUGUGGGCCUGGAUUAACGAGCGUCUUGUAGAGCGUGAUGAGAGCACGGUACAAGCGUACGGAUCGGAUAGGCUAUAUGAAAAUUCUACAGGUCCGCAUUGCAUCUUCAUUCGAAGGACAAUCAGGAGAGCGGGCAGGGCAAGAAUAGUAAGUGGUAGAAUCGUCUUGAAGUAACGUGUUCCACCACCGAGCCGCGCACCCCACCGAGC